CCAGCUCUGGGCCCCAUGGGGCAGCUGGGCCUGCUGGAGCAGGACAGCCAGGGGCAGCAGGGCUGGGCUGGGGGACACAGGCCUGAGACCGAGGCAGUCAGACGGGCCCCCAGGAGGCCAGGGCAGGCUGCCUACAUCCCUGGGCGCGCCCUGCCGGCAGCAGAAGCCGGACAGAUGGCACUGCAGGUGGGUGAGAAGGGGCCCCCAAGUCCCUGUGCUCCUUCCCCUGCUUGUCAUGGAUUUGAAGCCUUCUGUGCCGGGGGCCUGGCCCCGGGCUGGAGCCUGCUGGUCCGGGCACACUCUGAUGCUGGGGAGGACAGGUUUGAGAUCAACUUCUUGUCUGAGACAGGGGACAUUGCCUUCCACAUCAAGCCCCGCUUCUCCAGUGCUACCAUGGUGGGAAAUGCCUUCCAGGGUGGCCACUGGGGCCAGGAGGAGGUGUCCAGCGUCUUUCCGCUGGUGCUGGGGGAACCCUUUGAGAUGGAGGUCAGCUCGGACUCGGGGCACUUCCACGUCCACGCCCAGGAGCACAAGGUGCUACAGUUCGCGCACCGCCACAGGCCACUGGCGGACAUCACCCGGGUACAGGUGCUGAGCGACCACCGCCUGGCCCAGGUGGAGCUGGCCAGGAGAGACCUGAGCUGGUGGGACGGGGGCCACUGAGCUGUGCCCGAAGUCCAGGAGCAAGUUGGCCGUCAGCCAUCCCAUGUCCAGUGGAGACCACCCUGGAAAAGCUGGUGGGGGGUUACGGCUCUGGGCCACCCAAUCCACCACCUUCAAUAAAGUCUGAGCAGGCA